AUGGAUACAGUCCGUUUUGGCAGCUGGUCACAUUGUUGCCGUAUAAAAAUUUUGCUUGCGUUUGCUUCGCCACCGAAUUUUCCCGUGUUUUGUGUUUUUCUCUUCUCCCUCAGCUAGCUAAAAAAAACAAAUCGAUAUGGCAGCUUACACCGAGGAUCAGUUGGCUGAAUUCCAGGAGGCCUUCAACCUUUUUGACAACCGUGGUGAUGGCAAAAUCCAGCUCAGCCAGGUGGGCGAAUGCCUCAGGGCAUUGGGCCAGAACCCCACCGAGUCGGAUGUGAAGAAGUGCACCCACCAACUGAAGCCCGAUGAGCGCAUUUCGUUCGAGGUCUUCCUGCCCAUCUACCAGGCUAUAUCGAAGGCCCGCUCGGGGGAUACUGCCGACGAUUUCAUCGAGGGACUGCGUCACUUCGACAAGGACGCCAGUGGCUACAUCUCCUCGGCCGAGCUGCGCCACCUGCUGACCACGCUCGGCGAGAAGCUUACCGACGAAGAGGUGGAGCAGCUGCUGGCCAACAUGGAGGACCAGCAGGGCAACAUCAACUACGAGGAGUUUGUGCGCAUGGUUAUGAGCGGUUAGGAAGCAAGGAGAUCCUUCGACACACACAACACACUAACUAUCCACAGCACUUUUGAAACACACAAUACACACACACACACACACCUGCCAAGCUAGCUGAGAGCCGUUCAUUCCGCCAUAAGUUCCAAAAAUAAGAAAAAAAAAAAACUCCAACUCCAUAAUUCCAAUUGAGAGCCACCUGCCCCCAGGAAUUCCAACGAAAGACAAAGCCGAAAGCUGGGAGGAAUGCAUAGAAGCACAGAGAGGUUGGAGGCCACUUCCAUUUCCAACUUACUAACCAUCGAUGUAGACAUAUAGGUUCUCGAUUAAUCACUAAUCCACGUCUGUGAAUUGUGCGUAUUAUUCUAAAAGAGAAAACGAAAACAGGAAAAAUGUAUAAUUGCGUAAUUAUCCCGUAGUUCAGGCGUUCUUUUGUACCAAUCACUCGAUACCGAUACAUAUGUCAAAACUUAAGAAAAUAUUUAAAAACAAGUGGAGCAAACAGCGAGAGUAUCACGAAAAGUAUUUGUAACUAAAUUUAAUAUACGAAGUCAGCGGCGUAUGUUUGAAUUUAAAUGCGCAUUUUGAAGUUUUACAUGUUUUAUUUUUUUUAAAUAAUUUAAUAUUUGUAUUUAAUAAAUAAUUAUUAAAAAGAACAAGUGAAUGUGUAGGUCUUUUUACAAAAGAAACGUACUUAAAACUAUUAAACCAAUUGAAACCUUA